AUGAUUGCAACAUACCACUCAAUGGUCAUAGAAUCGAACGAGAUUUCUGCAAAGUACAAUUUUGCAGCUGCAGCUGCAUGUUGGAUAAUGCUUGCUGGCUUUUUCAUCUUACCUGGCACGUUUACAACAUUAAGAAAAUCAACAGUCUUCAGCUCUUCCAAUGAUGGACAGUAUAUACAAAGCGCAGUCCAAAAUAUACCGCUUUUGCCUCUCGCUAGCGUUUGCUAUCUAUCGGGUAUAAGCAUUAUUAUCUUUUCUUGGUACUGCUUUCAAUCCAAAUAUAUUUGGAUUAUACGCUAUCUUUUAAUGCCAACUAUGCUCAAUUGUUUGAGCGGACUUCUUACAAUUCUGAUAAAUGUUUAUACUGCUCAGAAUGGCUUUUGGUCACCGACCGCAUGGGCUACUUUAGCAGUUGUUCUAUUUACAACUCUUCUUGUAUCAAGUGGGAUUCUUGUAUAUCAAUGGCGCCUUCGAGCGCUCCGUACAGGACAGUAA